AAACUGGCACAGAAAAAAGUGGAUUUUGCAGAGAAGAUGAAAAAACUGAACCAGUUAAAGCUUGCUAUUGCUACAAUGAAGGAGGAUCAGGAUCGCAUGAAAUCCCAAAUUGUGGAAUCACCAGAACAACGUAAAAAUAAGACAGAGAGGAUGAAGGAGAAUGUCCACAGAGUCAAGCAAGCCAGGCUAGAGACUGUAGAAAAGUAUGAACAUUACCGGGAAUGGGUGACCCUGGCUGGUUUGUGGCUACCAGACAUGCAAGCCUAUAAUAAGAAGUUGCAUAGCAUUGAGGCCAACCUGGAAAUGUAUAAAAAGAUUCGGGAAGAGAUUAGACAAGAAGAAGAGCAAAAUGCAAAAGAAAACCUUGAUCUGAAGUCCGUAACCUCAGAAGAGGCACAAUUAAAAAGAACUAUUCUCAUGAAAAAAGAGAAGCUUGCAAAAACAGAUAUUAAAAACCAAAAGAAACAAGAGGACUUUGAGCAGAGAAAGAAAGAAAUUUUAGAGAAUUGUAGUCGCAUUCAAGAAAAGAGACAGGCUAUGGUUGGGCGUGUGUCGCAUGUUCUUCAAGAAAUACAGCAGAUUAACAGUAAGAAAGAACAGGUCCUUGAAAGAAUAGAAGAA